AUGCCACAGCAAUAUCAACCACCAAUACUAAGAUCAACGGACAGGCUACUUCCAGUUGCUAACAUUGGAAAAAUUAUGAAGCGUCCAAUACCAAAAGAAGCCAAGGUUGCAAAAGAGGCUAAAGAGCUUAUGCAAAAAUCAGCCAGUGAAUUUAUCGCCAUAGUUACAUGCAGAGCUAGAGAAAUUUGUGAAGGAGAAUCAAGAAAAACUGUAACUGGUGAUGAUCUUAUUAGAGCUAUGGAAGAUUUAGAUAUGGGUGUUUAUGCUGAACUUGGUCGUAAAUAUUUUUUACAAUACAAAGAUUUUGUACAAGCAGAUAGAAAACAAAAACCGUUGAAAACCUCUUUUGAUUUUAUGGAGUUUCAUUAA